GUAUCCGCCUUAUGUCUCGUUAUCGUCUGCUUCUUUGAAUCAAUAGCAAAUACUUGUCAUCAUCUGCACAUGCUUUUUGGCUAUAGAGUGUAAAAACUAGUUUUAAUGACUUCCAUAAAGGAGCACACGAUGUAUUGCGAGCAUCAUUUUUAGACCGUUUAUCAAGAGUCUUCGAAACAUUUUUAUUGUGGGCCUUUACUGUUUCUACAAAUGAUGAAACGACAGAACGUCCGAACAUUGUCUCUGAUUGUCUGCACUUUCACGUACCUUCUGAUCGGUGCCGCCGUCUUCGACGCCCUGGAAUCUGAGAACGAGAUUGAAAUGAAAAGAAGUCUUCUCAGUCGUGAGGAGGAGAUCAUAAAACGACAUAACAUCUCGGAUGAAGACUUCGAAAAGAUUCGGGAAAAUGCACUGAGGUCUAGGCAAUAUAGAGUGGAAAACCAAUGGAAAUUUGUAGGCGCACUUUAUUUUUCUCUCGUCGUUUGCUCUGUAAUAGGAUAUGGUCACAGUACACCAAAAACAGUACCAGGCAAGUUAUUUUGUAUGAUAUACGCAUUAGUGGGGAUUCCAUUGUUUCUGAUAAUGUUCCAAAGUGUUGGUGAACGACUUAAUACUUUUGUAACGUUUUUACUGAAAAAUGUCAAGAAGUGUUUUCGAUGUAAAAGCAAGGAAGUGUCCCAGACUGAUUUAAUAGUGAUAACACUAAUGCUAUCCAGUAUAAUACUUACAACUGGAGCUCUCAUUUUCUCCCGGAACGAGGGAUGGAAGAUGCUUGAUGCUUUUUAUUACUGUUUUAUAACUCUUACAACGAUAGGGUUUGGGGAUUAUGUAGCCAUGCAACGAGAGAACAACGACCCUGGAUAUAUAGUCGUUAGUCUGUUGUUCAUUAUCAUAGGUUUAACGGUUAUUUCUGCAGCCAUGAAUUUACUUGUUCUGAGAUUUUUGACAAUGAACACCGAGGACGAGAGAAGAGACGAAAUAGAGGCUGCUGUAGCUGCCCAGAAUGCAGUUCGUCUGGAAGGUGACGUCAUAACUGGAAAUGGUGGCGUCGUGUCAAACGCUCAAGAGCGUCCCGAAUUUCAAGAGGUUUUGUCUGUCUGUUCGUGUUCAUGUUACAAAUGGCGCUCCCCUAAAGAUAAAAUUUAUAAUUCAAAUCCCAACUCGAAUCACAUUUCUCCAUUUAUACACUCAACUGUCAAUGUGUCUAAGGAGGAGGAUUUGUCGGACGAGGGAGAAUCUUUUCUGGAAUGGCAGAGAACGAAAAGGGCGUCAUUGUAGCACAUGGUGAAGUUACUGAAAGAUCAUGGCCAUUAAUUUGAAUUGUGUUUUUUUUUUUAUUUUGAUCAUUCACAUCUUCAAAGAGUUUUCGACAAAUCCAAAACACAUUUUUAAUUUCCCUCAUUAUCAAAAGUAUAUAUUUGAAAAUGUACAUGGUAAUAAUUAAAUGAUUUAGUACUUGAUAUAUAUUUAGAUGCACAAAAGAUAUCAAUCCUAUUUCUAUUUUUAAAAAUAGUUUACUGGCAAUAUAUGUGAAAUGAUGGCAUUCAUUAUUUGUUUACAAGCUUUUGUUAGAAUAAAAGAGUUUUGUUUUUAUACAUUAUUA